AAAGUGUGACCAGGGCUUCUAUGCUCUUUGACCAGGGGGCGGUUGUUUUUUUGCUUCCUGAUGGGUGAUGAUAAGGAGCUAUCGCUUUCAUGACAUGUUGUGGCAACGCCCCUUAGAUUGGGUAACAUUAAGGAAGAGUGCAAUAGAAAUAAUUCACCUACAGCAGGCGCAAAGGGGUGACAAUCGUCGACUGUCAAUCGACCAGGGUUUCACUCUUCGCUCGUACAUAUAGCUACAUUAAACAGCGUUUAAGUUUUUUCAGAUGGCUGCAGCUCUGGUCGACAGAGCAGUCGGGGCCAUUGUAGGAGCAGCUGUUGCAGAUGCAGCAGCACAGCCUCUCCACUGGGUGUAUGACCUCCCGAAGCUACAGAAGAUUCUGGCUCAGGAUCCAAACCCUGAAUUCCGCUCUGAAUCUGCCAACCCGUUCUACAGGAGGCAGACAGGCGAGCAGAGCUGCUAUGGAGACCAGGCGUAUGUCCUGCUGGAGUCCCUGUCUGUAUGUGGAGGUCUAGAUGUUGAAGAUCUGAAACAACGCACACUGAAAUUCUUUGGACCCGGAUCAGAGUAUGACACACCUGUCAAUGAUCCUUACAGGCAGAGAGGAGGGCCAAGACCUCAGCUUCCCAUCGAGGGGCCAUGGAGACAGGCAAGUUUAAAGAGCUUCCUGAAAAAUGUGGAUGCUGGCAAAGAGGAGACAGGCUGUGAGAGCGACUGCCAGAUUGAUGGAAUAGCUAAACUGGCUCCUAUAGUGGCGUUUUACGCGGGAAAUACUGACAUGCUGGAAAAAGUGGAACAGGCCAUCCGUGUCACACAGAACAAUGACGCGUGUGUGGCAGAGACUCUGGCAGCAGCAAGGUUCCUGGAGCAUUUCAUCCUGAAUGGUCCUGAUCCCAAAGCCUUAGAUGCAGUGCUUGAUCAGCUCAGUGACAGGAACAGGAAGCAGCCCCAGGACCUGGACAAAUCAGUCACUGGGCACAUCCAACAGGUGAAGGAGAAUUUAUCCAAGACUCCUCAGGAGAUAAUUCCCAGUGUGUUUACUAACACUUGAGGUUUGCCAGGUGCAUUCCAAGCAGCGCUGCAUGGAGCCCUGACAGCCACACAGUAUGAACAGGCUAUUAGAGACACCAUGAGCUGUGGGGGAUGCACCUGCAGCCGAGGAUCCUUCAUUGGGGCAUGUCUUGGGGCCCAGUUUGGGCUUGAGGGAAUUCCUUCCUCCUGGACAUCCAAAACCCUGCGAUAUGGCUCUGUGUUGGAACAUGCCAAGACGAUAACCAAACACCACCAGUAGAUUCCAUGCAGUGAUGUGUUUUAGGUGCAUAAGAGCAUCAUGAAAAACUGUAGAGCUUGCACAGAACAGUGGAUGAAGGUUCUUGUCUAAACUGCUGGAUGGCAGGAGCCAGAUGUUUUUGUCUGUGUUGAAGUUAAACAUGUUGGUUCAGGUGUUCUUAGAGUACUAAUUCUAGCAGUAUGUUAGAGAAGAGAAGCUUCUGUCCAGUUCUUGUGGCUGACAGUAUUCAACUUAUGUCAGCCAGUGAUAGUAAAGAGAGAUUUUACCUUUUUUGUUUUGUGGAAAAAAUAUAUACAGUGCCUUGCAAAAGUAUCCAUACCGCUUGAGCUUUUCCACA